CAUAAAUAGAACGUAUUUCGAUGAUGUCGUGUCGUCGUCGUGGUUGUCAUUUAACGUUGUUGUGUGUUAUCGUAAGAAAUUAACCAGAAAGUAGAGGAGAGAAGAGAGAAAAAAAUGAACGUGCAAAAUUGUGUGAACUGGAUUUGAUCGUGGCGACUAAAUAAAAUAACCAUUUUCAUCCAAAAGCAAUCUUUAUUUUGAACAAGCGCCUAAAAAUGGUCAUGGAAAUUUGAUAAUCGCCACGGAGUCAUCGCCAAAAAUCAACAAUCAAUCAACCGUGUGUAUUUUGGCUCACAUAACGAGCUCAACAAUUUUUUUUUUAAUUCACAACAUCGAUCCAGAAUGUAUUAGACUAAUCAACAAACACACACUCCACAGAUGGUUAAAUCUGCAAUUGGUGUCGUGUUGUGAAACCGAAGCAAGCGAGUGAGAGUGAGUGAUUAAGAGCAAGAAAAAUGCAACUGUGUUAUGUAACGAGAAAAUUUGUUGUGCAAAUAAAGUCAUAAAUAGAAGAAGGAGAAAAAGAAGAAGAAAUACACGAUUGAAAGUCGCCAAAUCAAAGAGCUAAAGAACCAUUAACCUUGGCGUUGCAAUCCAGUUCGGAUGUCAGAGUGAAGAAUAGCGAAAUAUCAGAAUUGAAAUGAAUUGUGAUAAUAUUUAGUGUUUUUUCUUUCUUUCUUUUUUGUUUAAUCGAUAAGAUGAGUGUUUUUGUUUUUAGUUCAAGUGGAAAGUGACAAAGAGAAUAUAUGAACAAAUUUCUCGAUGAGAAAUACAUGACAAUAAUAAAAAAAAAAUGCAAAAGUCAACGACAAUAUGAACGGUUUGACAAUGUUUUGGCCGGAAAAAUUGCUCAACACGAACACAAAGUGAUUGGCACGAGCAAAAGAAAAACUCUCCAAAUUCAUAACCAAAAAUUGAAACACAGAAAAACAAAACUUCGUCUGUCUGUCUGUUAGACAUCGCACAUCGAACACAAAUUACAAACGAACAAGUGCAACAAAACGAACGAUAAAGAAAACAAAGAGAAUAAAUCAUAGCACAAAACACAGUGAUAGUGUAUGUUUGUGUGUGUGUGUGUGUUUGUUCGUGUGUCGCCAAGGAUAACUUUAUUCACGGCGCUUAAACAGUUACAUCUGUUCCAUUUUGCAUUGGAAUUCCGUGAAUUUUGAGAAAACCUAGUUCAAAAAUGGCAAUACCUCCACCGCCACCUGGACCACCCGGUCCACCACCGCCUCCUAUUGGAAAUUUGAAACUUGGUGCUCCGGCUUUUGGCAAAUCAUCGGGUGGUGAUCCACGAUCAGCGUUAUUAGCAAGCAUUCAACAAGGGGCAAAACUGAAAAAGACCACAACAGUGGAUAAAAGUGGGCCACUUGUUUCAGGUCGAAUAGCAGACGCAAACAGUAAUAAUGGCCGAACAAAUUCGGCGGCUCCAUCACGGCCGCCACCACCAAAUAAUGGAACGAAUGGAACGCUGAGAGGGCCAUUUGAAGGAAUGUCCGGUAUGCCAAAGUUAAAGCCAAUCGGAGGCAGAACGAUAGGAGUGGCGUCACCAACGAGAGAGCCAUCAUCCACAUCAACUGGUGGCAGUCCACAGAAUACAAGCAAUGGUACAGCCCUUGACUUCAGUACAGAAUUAUCACAACGCAUAGCAAUGAAAAAUCAGAAACAAAAUCAACAAAAAUCGAAUAACGAAAUGAAUACAAGAAAUCGCGGCCCACCACCGCAACCACCAAGCAAAUCUGUUACCGACAAUAAUAGUAGCCCAACAACUACAACAAACAGCAGCCCUUUAAUUAAGCAAUCAAAUAGUGCAUCGCCGACGAGUGUAUCAUCGAAUGGGGCGAAUAUAUCGAUAUUACCAAAUAAAUCGUCAUUAUUCGGGAAUAGUGUAAACUCAAAUGCAAUCGGCGUGAAGACAACGGCGACUGCGAUGACAACGACAACAACGAAUAAAGUGGUACCAAACUAUGGAAAGCCGACUUGUGCGCCAAAGCCACCAGUUACGGCAAAAAAUGGCCUGAACGCACUUACCACAACCAAUAAUGGGAAUAGUACACGAUCAAGUGUGUCGCGAUCACAAAGUGUGCGGGCGCCAAGAUCGCCACCAAUUUCAGUUGCUGGUUCCACAUUUCCACAACAAUUUGGUACAAUACGCGGCGUACCGGCCGCUUUUCAAUCACAAGAUGCAAUCAAUUCGGUUAGCUUGCGACCCGCACCGACAAUUAAUCGGCCAACAGUAGCGCCACCAAGACCUCCAAUUGAAGCCAAAUCGGCGGCUGUGAGAGAGAAAGAGCAAGCACCUCGUACUGGUCCACCGGAAAGUCGAUCUCAGGGUCGAACCAAGAGUCCUCCACCUCCGCCAAAACGAAGCGUAUCAAAUACAAAUCUACCAGCACUUCCAUUGAGCGUCGCAUCGUCGGCACUCUCGCCGAAUUUGAAUUCCAUUUCAAACAGUGCGGCUAUCAAUUUCGGUGGUUCAGCCAGUAACGUUUCAACUUUAAUGAAUAAUAUUACGCAAACUGCUAACACUGGAAGUGCGAAUAAUCUAUCGGUUGCAAAGGAUCGUAGUCCGAAUACCAGUUCAAACAGUAUCGCACCACCACCGCCGCCACCGCAUCGAAAUUGCCCGGCUCCCCCGCCACCCAUUCGGCAGACGUCAAUUACACCAAACAGCAGCAGCAACAACAAUGGCGCACCGCCAGUGCCACAGCGUCAUUCAUCGAUGCGUAAUAGUAAUGGUGCACAAGCAACAGUUGUUCAGCAUCAAGCAUCGAUUGUGACAUCGGUGACGCCGAAUUCAACGCGUACCGUCACCCGAUUUGUAAUGGACUUAGAGGCAAAAUUUGGCCAUUCAUUUCACAAUGUCACCGAAUUUCCACCUCCACAGCCAUUUACAAAAUACGAAAAAUCUUAUCCUAGUCGAAAUAUGAAAGCCACAACUGAAAUACGAAAAGCUAAAGCUCCUCCAGUACCGCUAGCGAAAGCGGCCAACAGCUCAACACCAACCAAUGAGAAAUUCUAUUUGCAACUCAACCAGGAUGACAAACUCUUUACUGACGAAAGUUCAUACUGUUGAAAUGAAUAAACACUCGGACAUAAUCGCUACACAAAAAUAUAUCCAACUAACACAAAAACGCAAACAUUUCAAACGGAUAAUUCCAUUGUAAUUUCAGAUAUGAGAACUGAUAACUAUCUGAAGAUGCAGCAUAAGGUUGAAAGUGCAGAAAUUUGUAUAUAUAAAUCUGAACACAGUGGCAAGAGGUCAUUAAAUAUACCCAUACAGUGAUUUUUAGUCGUAUAAUAAAUGGAAUUGCAAUAAGAUGUUUGCGAGGCGGAUUUUUGGCUGAAAAUAAAAUGAAUGUCACAAAAAGCAAAAUCGAAUCAAAUCAUGACCGCAUUAGAUGUAAUAAUGCACCCAAUACACACACACACCCUACACUUAUUAUGGGGCGUUUUAUUCCAAAAUCAAAUUCUAUCACCAUUAGAAAGUGUCUGUUGCAACAAGCAAUUCAUUCCGAGCACUUUGUUUAGAUGGGCACACCCAAAGUUUAGUAAAAAGAUUCAUGAAUAUACUUGGAUCAAUUGAAAAAUUUCACUGACUCAUUUCAUUGGCUCAAAUCAAGAUAGGUAAAUUUUAUUUCAUUUUGUAAAUACAACAACAAAAAAGUUGAAAAUUUGUUUGACUUAGUAAUUUAUUUAUUUGUUGACAUGUUUCAAAUUUAGCGGAGUAAUAUUUUAAUUAACAAAAACAAAACAAAAUAAAACACAAUGGUUACAAAAAAAAAAAACGGUUACAACCAAUUGAAGCAAUUGGAUUAUUAGAGUUUAGAAUUUAAAUUAUACAAUUUUAAAAAGCAAAAAAAGCAAACAAAAUCUAUUGUAAACACUUUCGAAAAUAUAUAAUUUUUGAAUUUAAAUUCAAAA